AUGAUGCCGCUCGAGCGAGGGGAAGGGGGGUUGGGGCGGAGAAGCGCGAGUUUGGGGGGACUGCGCGGACUGCGCGGACCCUCAUUGAGGCGGGGAGGGGCGGCAGUGAGGGUGAGCGCACGGGGGUGGUGGGGGAACGGGGCGAGGUGGGCGGCGGAAGAGCUAGUGGAGCAGGUGGGGGAAGAGGCUCUGUUGUGGGGGCGAGGCGGAGGGAAACGCGGGGACGGGGAGGGAGAUAAUGCGCGGAGAGGGGAUGGAGGGGCCGGGGAGCAGGCGACGGCGGAAGAGGUGCUUGUGUGGGCGGUGCCGGGGCGAGCAGGUGGGGAUAGGCGCGGCAUGGGCGAUGCGAGUGAUGGGAUUGGCAGCCCGGAGGAGAGGAGACGGCGGCAGGGCAAAGCGAGCAGAGACUGGCGCAGCAGUGGGCGGGGUAGCACAGGGGGAGACACUGGGGGAGGCACGGGGGGGAGCACCAGGGGAGGCACGGGAGGGGCCAGCAGCGAGGAGAUGCUGGUGCCGUCGGCGGCAGUGCUGCUGCUGCAGGGGCUGACGGCGGAGGCGAGAUGGCGGCUGGUGGACGAAUGCACUCACGCCCUGGUUGAGCAGGCCAGUGCGAUCGACAGCAAGGCGCGCCAGCUAUCUCAACAGGACUGGUCCACGUAUUGCACGGACGUGAUUGGCCGGGCAGUGCUGUCGUCAGCCAGCAAGUGGCAGCAGCAACUGAUGGGCGGCAGCGGCCGGGGAAGAGGAGAGCGAGGGGGCGAGGUGGCAGAAGGGGAGAGUGGUGGGGCUGCUGCCGUUGGUGAUGCGGCUGGGUGGGAGAGUGGUGGGGAGCGGGAGGGGUUGAGAGGAGGGGGUAGCGAGGCAGAAGGGGUUGCAGUGGGGGAGUGGGCGGGGAGGGAGUCGUGGGUUCGAGGGGAGGCGGUGAGGGGGGCAGUGGAGGAUGGCAGGUGGGCGCUCUACUGCCAGCUGCUGGCCCACCUCCGAUUUACCCGGCACGACGGCGAGAAUGACAGCCGCAUAGCGCGGGUGGUGUUGGACGACCUGGUGGUGGAGAUGGCAGAGGCCGCACUACUAACUGUCAUAGAGGCGGCCGGCACACAGGAGAGCCGCGCAUGGAUGGGGCUCUCCCUGCCUGCCCUUGAUGCGCUUGACUUCGUUGACUCGCUUGAGGGGAGCUACAGUGGUGGCAACAGGGUGACUCCCUACAGCGGUGGUGGCAACAAGGGGACAGGGAUGGUGAAGUUGAGAGAGUCGCAAAGGGGGAUUGGAGAGUGGGAGGUGGACGGGGAGGGGUUGAGUGUUGUUGAACAGGCCAGGGGAGGCAGCAGCAGCAGCAGCAGCAGCAGCAGCAGCAGCAGCAGCAGCAGGGAAGGUGUGAGCAUGGGUGAUGUGCUCUCCGUGUUCCGAGAGGAGUAUCGAUCGUCUCGACGAUUCGACCAGUUCAGGAAUGAGGUGGCACUGCGCAAGUGGCUGCGCCGCAACGUGACAUCGGUGGUGGCCAUCUUUGAGGACCGCUUCCUCCUCUGGGGGCUGCGCUGCUCCUCCCCGCUCCCCAUGCCUCUUGCCGCCCGCCCAGCCCUGUCACAGCAGCAGCAUGCAUCUCAGCUGCCCCCCGUGUCGUUCCCCAACGACUUCACCAGCGCCCACAGUGCCACCACAGCAAGGAGCCCUCUGCUCUGGCUGCAGGGGAUGCUGAGAAGGGGCAGAGCGAGCAGUGCCUGUGGUGUGAACACCGGUGAUUCUGGCAUGGGUGCUGCAGUGCACGUGGCGGGGGAUGGGGUGGGUGCGGAGGGGACCAUGGGGGCAGCGAGUGGCACGUGGCAGUGGUGGCGGGGGAAGAGGAGGGCGGGGGAGCAGAGGCAGCAGGGGAGGGUGGGUGGGCCGGUGGGUCUGGUGCGGCGCAGCGUGGUGGGCAGCAGACGAGGGGAGCUGCAACAGCUGAGAGGAUGGAAGCUGCUGGUGGUGGUGGCAUUGGAGCUAUCAGAUCUGCUCAUUCCGCUCAUCAAGGCGGCCUUCACAGCAGCAGGCAGGGCCAUCUCCUUCCUCCUUGUUGCUCUCAUUGGUCGAUCAUUGGGGCUUGUGUAUCGGGGCAUCCGGCAGAGCUGGGGGCAGGCACUCUAG